AGGUGCGCGCUCAACUGUAGCGUACGAGGUGCAGCGGCGAGUUGGGACGCGUCUUUGGAGUGACACGCUGGCGGAGAGGACUCGGCGUCAAUAACCUGCUUUUCAUCCCUCUCGUGAGAGGGACCCGGAGACUUGUCGGUCGGGGUUUCGCCGUCUGUCUCUGUGAGCCGCGGAGGGUUUGUAGCUCGAGUCCCCGGUUCUGUUCUUGGUCGUCGGGACCCUCCAUCCAAUGUGCGUAAAGGGGCUCUGUUUCCUCACCGUCCUGUGUGGACUCGCAGCUUCAGGCGUGCUGCAGGUCAGCGGGAUGCAUAUAUACACGUAUGGGGAAAUGGAGGCGGUCAACGGGACGGACGCUCGUCUCAAGUGCACGUUCCAGAGUUCCUCUCCCAUCAACGUCAACUCGGUUGUCAUCUCGUGGAGCUUUCGACCCCUCGUACCGGGCCGGGAGGAGUCGGUGUUCCACUUCCAGCAGCGAGCCUAUCCACCGCUGGACGGCAUCUUCCGGAAGCGCGUCGUGUGGGCCGGCGACAUCAUGGGCCAGGACGCCUCCAUCAUAAUUCGGCAGGUCAAGUUCACCUACAACGGCACCUACAUCUGCCAGGUCAAGAACCCGCCGGAUGUCCACGGCACGGUCGGAGAGAUCAAACUCCGCGUCGUCACCACAGCCUCUUUCUCCGACCUCAUCCGCCUGGUCCUGGCCGUCGCGGGCGGCAUCACCGGCGUGGUCGUCCUCCUCAUCAUCUUCGUGUCGUGCAGGAGGUGCAGGAAAAGGAGACAGAGGCAGCAGCAGCAGCAGCUGGAGGCCGGCAACGAGGCAGCUCCCCGCAAAGAGAGAAAAGAUCCCACCGCGUGCCACCCAUCGAGGUCCUUCCAUCUCUACAUGUCAGAGACGUCCAUUGAGAUUGACAGCUCCGAUGGCAUGAUCUCAGAGGCCAGCACCAAAGACCCGAGCUCCUCGGAGGACGAGGGCCCGAGCUCAGACGACGACGACGGCGGCGACGACGACUCCGACUGAGGAAGAGCCGGGGGGACAGACAAGAGAGAGACAGCAACACUGACGCGGAGGCGGCCAGGAAGCUCGCCGGGAGGGAUUCCCCCAGACGGCGGCCGCGGGCUUGAGCGCCGGGGGGGACCUGCCGAGCGGAGGCCGGAUCAAGAGAGCGCCGCGUCUGCCGGCGCUGUCGGGAAAAAAGACAAGCGCAGUGCUCGUGAACGGGAGGAAGGCGGGGAGAAAGUUUGAAAGUGUCCUCGCGAGAACAAAGAGAUGGGAGCGACGCUUUUGACGAAGAUCGAGGCCUUUUUUUUUUAAAGAGAAUCAGAAAUACAGCGACUCUGCUCUUUGAGUCCAAACGUGUUCAAGUGAGGGACAAGACGUCGGGUAACAACGGGCAGGGCUUGUGCGGAGUGAGAGGCUCCAUCAGGCCUCCGGGCGUCAAGGGGAGAGGGGGUCGAUUUGUGCUCAAUAACUGUCUGUUCUUCGAGACAUGGGUCUCGUUAAGUGUCUGAAGUCAAUAUUAAAAAUCAGCUGCGACAAGCAGGCGGACCACCGCCGGUGAUCCCGGCACGCGGGUCGCGAGUGACGGCAGCGCUCGCUUCCGCGAUGAGUCAUGCACGAGUCCGUCAUACGAAGUGGGGAGUCUGUAGCUGCCGCGAACGACGUUUGUCGGCUCAGCGGACAAAGGAAAAGCGAAGGAGUGUGGCGAAAUAGUGGCUUUUAUCCUCCGUCAGUCGUCACAGCGGAUGACUUGAGCGGCGGUCGAGAAACCGCUUGUAACAGUCAGAUCUGAAAACCCAUUGAUUGCAGAACAUCCCUUGAGUGCCUCCUUUCUCGCCGCGCGCCUGUGAAUGCACCGCGGCCACUAACACACGAUUGUAGACGCAAGCGUCUUACUUCCCUCUGUGAUCCAACUUUGUACUUACUGACGUAACGUGUCUAUAGAUUUGUCUUUUUCUUCUCUAUUUUCCUAGAUAAUACCAAAAGUAUUUUUUGUUUUUUUUAACUGUGAUAAUGUAUUUUUGAGGUUUUUUUUUCUUUUCUAAUAAAAUUAUCUUUAAAUCUU